AUGACGUCCAGCCCCCCGCGCCCCCCCGCGCGCGUCCUCCUCCUCGCGCUCCUCCUCGCGCUCGCCCCGCUCCGCGUCGCGCGCGCGUCCGUCGAUCGCGCGCACGCGAAGGGCAAAGCCGGCCCGCGCUUCGGCACCUCCUCGCGCGCCUUCUUCGACGGAGGCGCGAACGCGCUCGCUCACGACGACGACUUCCUGACGUCGCUGACGAACGACGACGCGGCGGCGGCGCCGAUAGACGCCUCGCGCGUUUCGGAGGCGUUCGCCGCGUCCGGCGACGUCGCGUCGUUCCUGCGCGUCCGCCCGGUGCGGUCCGUCCGCGUGCCGAUCCCGGUCGCGUUCGUGAUGGUCGGCUUCGACGGCGACGGACACCUCGGGCUGCAUCUGAGCGAGGACGACCAGGUUCGGUGGUUCCAGCGGAUCGAUCGCGCGGUGUCGCACGCGAGGGUGCCGCGCGCGGCGCUGGAUCGCUUUCGCCGUCGCGGGCGGAGGCGCGGAGGAGGGGAGGGAGGAGAGGAAGAGACGACGACGCGGCACCGGCGCGCGACGGAUGACGCCGCCGAAGACGACGCCGCCGACGCCGCCGCCGCCGACGACGGCGGGAUGCCCGCGAGCUCGUUCGCGACGUACGACUUCAGAGCCCACGUCGUGAACCCCGGCCCGGGGGUGUUGGAGGUGUUCGAGCGCGCGAUCGAGACGUUCGCGCGGCCGGUGGACCCGCCGAGGAGGGACGGAGACGGAGCGGAGAAGGCGUCGGCGACGAGAUCGACGUCGAGAUCGAAAUCGAGAUCGUCGACUUCCGCGGACGACGACGACGACGACGGCCGCGCGCCCGACCCUGACGCGCCGGUGACGCACCACGUCGACGCGCAUUCGAUGUCCUCGCUCGUGGACUCGCUCGUCGACGGCCUCGGGCUCGGCGAAGGCUACGCCGUCGUCGUGUUAAACCCGAAGAAAUUCAAAGCGUUCGGCGACGGGCGGUACGGGUACAGAGCCGGGUUCUCCCCGAGCGAGAUGGCGGCGUUGCGACCGCGCGCGGACGCGCUGAGGAAGGAAGCGAGACGCCGCGGCGGCCCGCGACGCCGCGCGCCGUCGCCCGCGCCGGAGGCUUCGAAGCCGUCGUGGUGGAUCGAGAACGUCCUCGCGCCGCGAGAGGGAGCCGCGGCGGGCGGCGGCGUCGUCGCGUACGACGCGUCGAAAGCGGGCGCGAGGUGGGCGAAGAAGGCGGCGCGCGCGGUGGCGGAUGCCGCGGCGGAGCGGGAUGGCGCGUCGCACCCUCUGGACGCGGCGGCGCUGCGCGUGCUCACCGGCGACGACGCGCACGCGGCGAAGCGCUUGUCCGCCGCGCUCGCGGGCGCCGUCGACGACGACGCGACGGAUGAGGAGGACGACGGCGACGCGUCCGCGUCCGAUUCAGUGUCGGACGAGACAGAUUGCGUCUCCGACCUGUACGUCGGCCGCGAGCGCGCGUCGUGGAUCGACCUCGGCGCCGGACCGUUCGCGUGGGGGCCGCUGGUCGGCGGGAGCGGCCUUCGCGGGGCGACGGACCUCCCGGACGUGGACUUGCGAUUUAACCGCGGCCUCUCCGACGCGGAGAAAGCGGCGCACAGGCCCACCCCGGACGCGCGGCUUCGAGAGGAGCUGGAGGCGGCCGCCGCCAAGAGCGAGGCGUCGAUCGAUCCGCGCGACGAGCUCCAGGUGUUUCGAGCGCAGAUGGACGUGUACACGUCGUUCGCGAAGAAGCACUGCGAGUCGCGCGCGACGCGAAUCAAACUCUGCGACGACCUUAAACGAAAAACGCGCGAGCUCUCCGUCGCGAUCGCGGAGGCGAAGGACGGCGACGUCCAGCCCGAGGACGCGGACUUUUCGCUCUUCGGGCGGGACGACCUUCCGCCGAACGUGACCAUCGCGCGCGACGUGUUCGCGUCCGAGCUCGGGCGGGUCCUGUCGUCGCAUCUGACGCGCGUCGUCGCGCCGGCGAAUGCGCCGGGCCCGCGGCGGUAUCACGAGCGCGUGCACGUGACCGUGUACUUCGUCGCCAUGGGCGCGAGCGAUCCGUCGCGGUCGCCGUACGGGACGGACGCGUUCGGGGGCUUCGACGUGGAGAAGUUCGAGUCGGAGGCGAGAGGGUUGAUGCUUCGCGACCAGAAGCUCGAGUUUUCCGCGCAGCGUCUGAGGGUCCCUCGCUUUCAAUCCCGACACACCUCGACGCCUUUCAACUCCGCUUCUGACGCCUUUCAACUCCACCCCGACGUCGCUUCGUAUGGAACGACCCUCAGCGCGUCCGACGACGCCGCCGUCGCCGCCGCGCUCGCGAGCUCGCUUCGAACCGGCGCGGACGCGGUCUUGACCGAGGGCGGCGACGUCGCGACGCGAAAGACGCGGUGGAUCGACGCGAGAGAGCUCAGGAGGCAGCUCGUCGCCGUCGGCGGCGGCGGCGGGACCUCCGCGGCGGGCCCUCGCGGCGGUGAGACUGCUUCCCGUACGACCCCGUUCGCGUGGUGCACGCCGUUCCUUGAGGACUUUUCCCGUCGUCACUCUUCACCCGCGCUUCCCUUUCAACGUUUGACCGCCGCCUCCGUGCUCGAGAUACCCGUGUUCGUCGUCGAACCCGAGGUGGACGACCGCGCGCCUCUGCUCGUGGACGGCGCUCACCAGGCGGUGUCCAUGCCGGACAUGAUCAUCGCGACGCAGUCGCACGACGCGAGAUACGCGUCGUCGUUCGCGUGCGACGGCGCCGCGACGCGCGUGAACCUUCGCGACCCGACGAAAGCCGCGGUGCUCGCGCUCGCGGAGCACCUCGGCGGCGCGUUGCCCACGCAUCUCGGCGCGGAUCGAAGCCGAAGCGAUCGCGGCGUCAUCGGCGUCGAAGAGGAGUGGCUCUGGAGCGUCGGAUCGCACCCGCUGUCGAGCACGUGCGCGUUCGGCGGGGGGUCGCUGACGCGGACGCAGAAGGACGUCGUCCAUCGCGCGUACGCGCUCACCGCCGUGGACGCCGCGGCGGCGGCGGUCAACGCGGGCGUGAAGACGUUGCGCGCGCUGAAGACGACGGGCGCGGGCGCGGGCGCGGGCGGCGUUCGCGGGCGCGGCGAGGACGGGCUUAAAGCGCUGCGAUCCGCGGGGCGUCACGCGACGGACGCGUUGCGCGCGCACGCUCGCGUCGCGGAGGGAUUUCAGACGCUCGCGGAGGCGAUGGAGCGGCUCGAUUUCGACGCCGUCGCGGCGGCGAGCGCGCGAGCGGAGCGCGACGCGAGGGCGUUUCGCGACGCGUGCGAGGAGAUCGCGGCGGCGAUGCGUCCGGGGCGGUGCACGCGACGCCGCCGCGUCGACGGCGUGGGCGGCGGCGCCGCGGGCGUGAUCGUGCUGGCGGUGGUGGCGGUCGUCAUCGUGCACGGCUUGCGGUCGGAGAAGCUCAAGCCGAAGAUCAAUUGA